ACACAUACUUACAGGACACCGAAAAAAGCCGGCGGAGAGUGCUGGGGGAGGCAUAGUGGAGGUAAUAAGUGCGGAGGUGGAGUGGCCGAGGUGGUGUGUCCAUGGCGGCGGUGUCACGUGGUCCUCUAUGCUCAGUCUGACUGCUUCACACCAGACGCUUAAUGACUGAGAGGAACUGCUACGAUUUUGAAGUCACCCGUUCAAUGACCAGUAAAAUGAACUUUGAUAUGUACAAGUCGAAGGAUCCAGAAGAUAUGUAAGAAAAAUGCUGUCAGUCAUAUGGCAACGCUGGCCCGCUUGGGUGAGAGGAGUGCAGUCCCAGUCAUACUCACACGUCUGGCAGCACAGAGAGAGGAAGUCAGUACCGGAUGCUAUACUUCACAUCUGCUCAUUUCAUCCAUUCACUGAUUGAUUCCGGGAGUUUUAUUCAUCGAGGCAAGACAACAGUGGAAGAGGAACACAAGCAUAACGAUUUCUACUCAAUUCGCCGCAAGAAACACCUGUAAUAGAAGGGCCCGCUAGGAUGGCACUAGUGGAUAGACACACUCCGGCAAGUCAGGGGUCAGCAGGGGGCCAAAAUGGUGUCUCCUCAGCAGUGGGUCGCGUCAGGAAGGAGCUGGAGAUCGUGACACUGUACCCCACAGAGAGGCCCGCUAGGAUGGCACUAGUGGAUAGACACACUCCGGCAAGUCAGGGGUCAGCAGGGGGCCAAAAUGGUGUCUCCUCAGCAGUGGGUCGCGUCAGGAAGGAGCUGGAGAUCGUGACACUGUACCCCACAGAGAGACCCGCCAGGAUGGCGCUAGUGGAUGGACACACCCCGGCAAGUCAGGGGUCAGCAGGAGGCCAGAAUGGUGUCCCCUCAGCAGUGGGUCGCAUCAGGAAGGAGCUGGAGAUCCUGACACUGUACCCCACGGAGAGCGAGGCGGCCCCGGCACCUCCCCAGCAGGCCGGCACCAAGACAGUCCUCAAGGCGGACUGGGCGACCACCAGCAAGAAGGAAAACGCCAUCAUCCCAUGGAAAGACACACUGCUGAAGAAGCUUGAGGGGGAAGCAAGUGGCCAGACCCUCCUGUGGCUGCCGGGGAGCGGCCGGCACGUCAGCGAGGGGCCCGACGCCUACCAGCCCUUCACCCACAUCACCCGCACUCUGCACCUGGAGGAUGCGCUGGAGGUGUGUGCCCAUCGCAGGAUUCGGCCCAAGAACAUCAUUACCUUCAGCAGCAUAGCCUCCCGGGCGCUGCCUCCGGGCCACCCGUGUGCCGACCUGAAGGUGCUGUGGUUCAGCGCCGGCGUCAAGGACCAGGACGAGGGUGAGGACCGCCACGACUGGUACGGCAAUGUGGAGUUUGCCGUGGAUGCAUCCAUCCUGCUGAAGUGCUGGAAGUACAGCUUUCUGGUGGAGAUGAUGACCACACCCACACACACAAGCUCCCACAUCCUGCUCACAAACACCGACUUCUCAGGCGUGCUGCGGCCCUACAACCCCUACUGUGCCGGGGGCCCCUGGCAGGUGUCCGCAGAGGGCCAGCUGGCACUGCGCAAGUGUUCUCGCUACAGGUUUGUGGGCACCAACAGGCACCCUCACAUCCUGGAGUUCCUGUUGGACACCAGUGUAAGGAAGGAGAAGCUGCUGCUCCAGGCCUGUCAGCUGUCCUUCAAGAACCAUGAGGAGGCGCAGGACCUGACGGUGCGCCACGUGUGCAACCGUUACCAGCGUGCCAAGACGGCUUGCCCCACGCCCUUCCCUCGCUACGUCACGGCGACGGUCUUUGCCGUGCGGCUCCAGCAGAUGAAUGUGCCGCCUCACUAUGUUCCAAAGCUGUCCAGUGAGUCACAGCAGCUGUACAACGAGGCUAUGGCUCAAAUUAAUUUUCCAUUCAAUAAGCCGUGUGUCACACCACUGCCUUAUAUAUGACAGUUCCAAAUCCAGAUCCACAGUUGUUC